AUUCCAUUGAGCAUUGUUGACAUCACUAAAUCAGUGUCCAAGGAAGGGUAUUUUCUCUGUAUCCAACUAUGGAUGAUGAGACAAACAAGAACGAGAAAUUUACAUCAAAAUUCACUAGCAGACUAGGCCAUGUACGUCCAAAGCGUUAUAGAACGAGAUACAGUGAGUAUGUGCAUGAAAUGAAGAAUUCUAGAGAUGAUUGUGAGGAAACAGCAACACAAUCGGAGAAGACAUUGACAGAGUCCAAAGAGCUGAUGAGUGAAGGUACUCGGGAGCAAUUACAUGUGGACAAUUCAACAUCAGAUUCAGAAAACACUUAUUUUCAAAAUAACUUCCCGCUUCCUGAAAUCCAAGAUGUCAAUGAGCCAUAUAGAAAUGCAAUUCCAUCUCAAGAUCUGGUGGAUGAAGAAUUUGAUGCUAAUGUUUCUUAUGAAGAGAUAAACAAUGAAGAUGCAGGAGAUGAUGAUACACCUUCAACCUCAAAACAUGAUGGUUUGAUUGAAGACCUGUUAUCUCGUCUGAAAAAUGAAAAUGAACAGUGGGAGUCUUCCAAAAUUGAUGACGAAAAUGAAGAAGAAGGAGAAGAAGACUUUGAAGAUGCCACAUCUAUAGAUGGAGAAGAAUCUGUUCAACCAGGCCACUGCAUGAAGACAUCAACCAGUGUGCUGUUGAUAUGGAUGUAUAUUAUUACACAUUCACUCACAUCUGCAAAGGCAUCAGACUUGCUGGCAUUGAUUAAUCUUCAUCUUCUUGUCUCAAAUCCUGCCUUGAAAAGCCUACACCAUUUGAAAAAGUUUUUCAUUCACUUGAAAAGUCCCAUGAUUAAACAUUACUUCUGCUCCUACUGUUUUACUUUUGUUCAAAAAGAUGCAAGAUGUUGUCCAAAUGACAUGUGUAGUAAUAAUCUGAAGUUAAAAGGUGCAAUGGAUUUUUUCAUUGAACUAGACAUUGCAAAUCAGUUAUCAAAUCUGUUCACAAAGGAUGAAUUUCGGAAAAACCUAAAACACUGAUAUAAAAGAAUAAAAAAGAACAAAGAUAACAUCGAGGAUAUAUAUGACGGUUCAUUGUACAGGAGCUUUACUAAAGAGGGGGGCAUAUUACACCAGAGUAACGAAAACAACAUUUCCUUUACACUCAACACUGAUGGUGUGCCAAUCUUUAAAAGUAGCAAGACUUCUAUUUGGCCAAUAUUUCUUAUGGUUAAUGAAUUGCCGUUUAGGAUGAGGAAACAGAGGGAAAAUAUGAUUUUAUGUGGACUGUGGUUUGGACAAGAUAAACCUCCAAUGAACAUGUUUUUUGAUCCUUUUCAAAAAUCUGUGCAAAAAUUAUGUAAUGGAAUGGAAAUAAAAGUCAAUGAAGAGAUUAUUAUUGUGAAAGCAAUCCUCAUGUGCCUUUCAUGUGACAUCCCUGCAAGAAGUGCAGUUAUGAACAUGAAUCAACACAAUGGAGAAAGUUCAUGUCCUAAAUGCAUGCAGAAGGGUGUAAAUACAAGAACUGCAGCUGGUGGUAACAUUCGGACAUUCCCAUAUGAUUCAUCUGAUCCAGCAGGGCCAGAACGGAUAUCUACACAAGUUUUGAAUGAUGGUAUAAGUGCAAAUGAGUGUCAGAAAACUAUUA